AUGUCCACCCCGUCCACCGCGACUGCAACGCACCCUUCUCACCACCAGACCUACGGAUACCCUCACAACCCCCCUUACCAAGCGAAUACUUCCUAUCCAACUCCGACUACUGCCGCCGGACCCCGUCUCGCGAACUCUUACGCUUAUUCGGUUCCUUCUCCAACAACCGCCACCCUUCCCUACACCCAAACCCCAAGAAAUCCCCCAGCGGCAUCGACUCCCUCAGCCAUGACCCACCAAAGUGGAUCAAGCACGGCUCCCUCGCUGGGUACUCGCAACAAGAAGCCAGACUGGACCGAAUUUUACAAGAAUGGAAUUCCCAAGGAAGUCAUCGUGAUUGAUGACAGCCCUGGACCAGAGGCUUCCAAUGGAGCCCCUGCUACUAAUGGAGCCCCUACUCCUGCCAUUCAUGCGUCCACGAGGCCUCCUCCUGCGGCUCCUCAGCCGGCUGGGAAAAAGCGGCGUACUGGCAUUGAAACCGCCUACGAUCUCGGUCACUAUGACCGACCGUCCUUUUCAAUUAACCCCCAACAAUACGGCGAGCAUUCCUCAACCACAUCCUUGUCGACCGAUCGCACUGCUUCCUUGCACACAACCGCUCCGACCUCGCUAGGAUCUCAAGGCAGUUCUGGCGCAAGCAAUGGUGUAUACUAUGAAGAAGCCGGAGUUGGUCAAAAGCGGAAACGCGUGGCUACUCGGAAAUCCACCCGCGACGAGCAGAAAAGACGAGAGCUAGAGACUACGGGUGCUUUCGAGAGCUACAUUCCACCUUCGAAACCGACGAUCAAAGCGAAGGAUGUUCCUGUGCCCGUCGUUCGCGAUUACACCAGUGCUCAGAACAAGAAGUUUGACGACGACGACGGUCACUAUAUUGUGACUCCUGAUACUCCAUUGACAGAUCGAUACUCUGUUAUCAAACUUCUAGGCCAAGGUACAUUUGGCAAGGUUGUCGAGGCCUACGACAAGCAGCGUAAGGCUCGCUGUGCAGUCAAGAUCAUUCGCUCGAUCCAAAAGUACCGCGAUGCCUCUCGCAUCGAGUUACGAGUCUUGUCAACUCUAGCGUCGAACGACAAGAGCAACCGCAACAAAUGCAUCCAUCUGCGGGACUGCUUCGACUUCCGAAACCACAUUUGUAUUGUGACUGAUUUGCUAGGACAAAGUGUGUUUGAUUUCCUUAAAGGAAAUGGCUUUGUGCCUUUCCCCAGCAGCCAAAUUCAGCAAUUCGCUCGCCAGCUAUUUACAAGUGUUGCCUUUCUCCACGACCUAAACCUCAUCCACACCGACCUCAAACCCGAAAACAUCCUCCUCGUUAGCAACGCCUACCAGACUUUCACCUACAAUCGCACUAUUCCCUCUUCCUCUCAUGCCACAAAUCGCAAUGCUCGGCAGCGCCGCGUUCUUCUUGACAGCGAAAUUCGACUCAUCGAUUUCGGCUCAGCGACCUUCGACGACGAAUACCACUCCUCCGUUGUGUCUACCCGUCACUACCGGGCUCCUGAAAUCAUCUUGAACCUCGGCUGGAGUUUCCCCUGUGACAUCUGGAGUAUCGGAUGUAUCUUGGUGGAGUUCUUCACCGGAGACGCCCUCUUCCAGACACAUGACAACCUGGAGCAUCUGGCCAUGAUGGAGGCCGUUAUUGGCACGCGAAUUGACACCUCAUUGAUUAAGAAGGUGAUGGCAGGCAGCCGAAGCGGAGGUAGCAACUCGGCCUCUAAGUACUUCUGUCGCAGCAAAAUCGACUACCCUAACAAUGAUACAACCCGGGCCUCGCGGAAGUAUGUGCGCGCCAUGAAAUCCUUAACAGAAUUUAUUCCCGCGAACACCCCAUUUAACCGUUCAUUCCUGGAUCUGCUACAAAAGAUCUUCGUCUACGACCCUAAGAACCGCAUCACUGCCAAGAUGGCAUUGCAACACCCAUGGUUCAAGGAGUCGCUCGUCGAUGACGGCACCGAGGCAUACCGGAUCGGCCAGGGACUGCAACGUCAAGGACAAGCACGCACCUAG